UCCAACUACCGCGGUGACCUACAUUAUUUCUGGUGAGACUGAAUUAAUGUAUUCAUAAGUAUUUUAUAACCAUCACUGUUUACAUAAUUGCCCCAAUUGCCUUUUGGUCAUGGACCGAGUAGUUAGCUGGCUCGCUAUCCUUCAACAUGUAGCUGACGCUAGCGUAACUUUGCCCUGUUACUAGUUUGCGGUUAGCGUCUCGAUAAAAUAUCUUCUAAAGUAUACAUUUUACUUGUUAUCAUUACUACUGUUAUAUCUAUAUUGUGUUAAGCCGUUAACCCUGAGCACAAUGUUCACGUGCUUGAGUGCGGGCCGGGUCGGUUAAGUUGUUUAGCGUCUCGAAAGAGAAUCUCUUCAGUCAUUAUUAAGAACAAAACAUCUAUUUCGCAUCCAGAAAUAAACCGUCACUCAUUAAUCAGCUAAACACUUGACACUCAGACUAGUGUUAAUCAAAAUGAACACUUCUCAGUGUAGUGUAGAUUUAAAUAACAACUCUUACCAGAGUUUCGUUAACUCUGUAAUGUUAACAGUAUGUUCAGUGUUACUUUAACACUCUGCAUGUCACUGAGUGUGGUGAGGCCAAAGUACAGGCGCAGAGGAAACAAGCAGGAGUCCAGGUAAAGGUGAAACAAAAAGCUCUUUUUACUGAGGAAAAGUCAAACAUGGAACUCGGGUAGAAGGCCAAGUUACACAAGAGACUAACACGGGGAAUUAAACAACAGGUAUCUAUGACGCCAAUCUGGCAGGGGACACAGGAAAGAAUGGCAGGAUACAUAAGGGGGGAAAACCACAGGUGUAGGGCAAAAAGAAAGGUCUUCCCCAAACCCCCACAGGAGCUGCUCCACCCGACCUCGGCCCUGGCCCACGCCGAGAAGCUUCUUCGAGCAGAAGGCGUCCCGCUCCAUCACGUCAGCUGUGUCUGGGAGAGCUGGUGGUUCCAUUCAGCCAGUAUGGAAAUGCUCCGUUCCACUGGCUCGUGGCCAACGAUGUGGGCUACAUGAAGUACAUGCUGGACAAGCACAGACUGGAGACAACAAACCCACAGACAAAGGGAAAGGUGGGGAACCAGUGGGUGAAGGACUUCCUCACUGAGGAUGCAGAGAGCUUCCCACAAGUCUCCAGUCUGCUUGAGGCCCACAUCGACAGUGAUGUGUCAUCAUGGCCAAAUGAUGAGGCUGAACUGGUUGCUGCAAGCCAGGCUGUGGAAGAAGGGACCAAGCAGCAGAAACAGCCUGAGCCCGCUGUCAGCAGGAAACAGCUUGUGUCCUACAGUCAGCCCACGGAGACCCCGUCCACAUCAAGGGGUCCGGAUUACUCCGUGGAAUCACCUCAGAGUGACUCCCCUGUGGAGCUGGAGGGUUCGGUGCGAUUGUGGGAAAACCCCAAUGGCGUCCCAUGUGCUGAUGUGUCCUGGUUGAAGGAGGACACUGAACGAGGCCUGUUCACCCCCGUUCAAAUGUUCAAGGACAGCACUGGCCAGUUGAAGAGGAGACGGGUGAUGAAAGCCGACCGCAUGUGGUUUUAUCCACCAGAACCUCCUGGCUACGUCAAGGGUGCUCUGCCAACUGUGCUGUGGAGCCUGCACCAAGGAGGGAGAAGGAAAAGUGGGCCGGUGGCUUGCGUGGGACCAGGCUAUUCUAACCCAACUCAGCGAGGCUCAUCAAGCUCAGUUCCCCGCCAUCCUGACCAGCAAGCGUGGUGUUGAUAAGAGCGUUGUGCGUCUUCUGAGGGACCGGACCGAAGGGAACACUACGGUGAAGGUGUGGCGGCAAAUACAGGAGAAC